GAAAUAUCACGGGCAUCCGGGUCCGUCGCACUUUCAUAUGGUGCACAUUCUAAUCUUUGUGUUAAUCAAAUAGUCCGAAAUGGUAAUGAAGAGCAGAAACAAAAAUACCUAUCAAAGCUCAUAUCAGGCGAAUAUGUAGGUGCACUUGCGAUGUCAGAGUCCGGAUCUGGAUCCGAUGUAGUAUCGAUGCGCUUGCGUGCUGAGAAAAAAGGUGACAAAUAUGUCCUUAAUGGCAAUAAAAUGUGGAUAACAAACGGUCCUGAUGCAGAUGUUUUAAUUGUAUACGCUAAGACGGACUCAAAAGCUGGUUCACAUGGUAUCACUGCUUUUUUAAUAGAGAAAGGAUUUUCAACUGCGCAGAAACUUGAUAAACUUGGAAUGCGUGGUUCUAAUACUUGUGAGCUUGUUUUCGAAGAUUGUGAGGUCCCGUCUACAAAUAUUUUGGGCGCUGAAGGUAAAGGUGUAUAUGUUCUAAUGAGUGGCUUAGACUUGGAAAGAUUGGUCCUUUCUGGAGGGCCGUUGGGACUUAUGCAAGCAGCUCUCGACAUUGUUAUCCCUUAUGUACAGACUCGCCACCAAUUUGGUAAACCGAUUACGCAAUUUCAACUAAUUCAGGCCAAGUUAGCGGACAUUUAUACCAAACUUAAUGCCUCUAGAUCAUAUGUCUACUCUGUUGCCAGAGCUUGUGAUCUAGGUUAUAUUUCAAAUAAAGACUGCGCAGCAGUAAUAUUAUAUUCAGCUGAGCGGGCCACCGAAGUUGCAUUAGAUGCAAUCCAAUGCCUUGGAGGGAACGGUUAUAUUAAUGAUUUUGAUACCGGGCGUAUUCUCCGCGAUGCCAAAUUAUACGAAAUUGGUGCAGGGACAAGCGAAAUUCGGCGACUGUUAAUUGGAAGGGAACUUAAUAAAGAAUUUGGAAAUGCCUAG